UCAUGGUUAUCUUCUCCGCCGUCCGAUCUAAGGAGGAUGUUUUUAAAUUUAUAGUUUUUAUCGUGCAGUGAUCACAGAUUCAAGCCGCUGCAGAAAUACACCGAUGUUUUAACUUUUUUAACAGACGUAAAGUCUGUUCCUGUUCCUUCCUCUGGGGAAAUGCGCGUGUGAGUGGGUGUGUCGAGCGAGUUUAAACUUUACGAUGAGUUAAAGUUUGAUCAUGGCCGUGUGGACCCGCGCGGAAAAACAGGGUCAUCUGGACCUGCUGCUGAGCGACCGCUGGGUCCGGGUCACCGCGGAGCUCACGCGGGACACGCUCACCCUGACGGCGGAGGGCGAACCCAGCGGGCCCGCGGGAAACUCUCAGUUAAGAAACGGCGUUUCCAAUGGCGACGAACAGAACCGAGAUGUUUUUCAGAGCCGCGGGCAAUACGACAGUCAACGGGUCAACGGGUCCGACUCGGAGUCCAGUGGUUAUUGUGACCCGGAUGGGGUUCGGAGGGUUCGGAUAGUCAAGCAGGAGUCCGGCGGACUGGGGAUCAGUAUUAAAGGGGGACGGGAGAACCGUAUGCCCAUCCUCAUAUCGAAGAUCUUCCCCGGUUUAGCGGCGGAUCAGAGUCGAGCCCUGCGGGUCGGCGACGCGAUCCUGUCCGUCAACGGCAGCGACCUCCGCGAUGCCACGCACGACGCGGCGGUGCAGGCGCUGAAGAAGGCCGGGAAGGAGGUGACGCUGGAGGUGAAGUACAUCAGGGAGGUGUCUCCGCUCUUUAAGAAGUCAUCUGUGAGCACGGAUCUGCCUUGGGAUGGGCGUCUUCAGUCUCCAAACCUCAGCAGCAGCGACGAUUCGCCCAAGAGCAGCGUAAGCCGUGACAGGAAGGUCAUCCCGCUCAAAAUGAGCUUCAUCACCCGAAACCUCACCAUGCCUGACCUGGAAAACAGGCUGCUGGAGCUUCAUUCUCCGGACGGCCAGCACACUGUGGUGCUGCGGUGUAAAGAUGGGGCCUCUGCUCACUCCUGGUUCACGGCCAUUCACACAAAUGUUGCUGCCCUAUUGCCACAGACAAUGGACCAAAUCAACUCUUUCUUGAGCAACCCCGGCGCCAACACACACUGCACACUCAAACACAUCGGCUGGUUGGCAGAGCAGCUGGAGCUGGAUGGUGGGCGGCAUCAGUACAGACGAGUGGUCAUGGCGCUCACGGAGAAAGACCUCCUGCUGUUCCAGUCGGUGCCGUGGACGUAUGAGAGCUGGACCUCUCCUCUCCUGACACACCCGCUGCUCGCCACACGGCUGGUUCACUCGGGCAGCGUCCGCAGCUCUCCGGCUCUGGGUGGAGAUCUGCUGUUCGCCACACGAACAGGCACCGGCCGAGGCAUCGAGUCCCAUGUGUUUCGUGUAGAGACACACUGGGAUCUGUCAACAUGGACACGCGCGCUGGUGCAGGGCGGACAUCUGGCUGCUGAGCUCAUCAAAGAGGUUUCCAUAGGCUGUGUGUUGAACAGACAAGACGUGCGUCUGAUCCUGCAUUAUGAGAGAGGCUUCACUGUGAAGCGGGAGUCUGGCGAAUCCGUGCUCUUCCACUUCCCCUAUGAGCGGCUCAAGAUGUCUGCAGACGAUGGAGUCAGGAACCUCUACCUGGACUUCGGCGCUCCAGAGGGCGAGAUGGUGUUUGAGCUGCACUCGGGGCCGAAGCCGGUGGUCUUUGUGCUUCAUUCGUUUCUCUCAGCCAAACUGGCUCGUUUGGGACUGCUCACAUAGAAUCAACAGGAAACGAUGGAGGUUCAUUUAUUUCUUUGAUUUAUUGACAGCUAGUAUUUUACUCGAGCAGUGUUUUCGUCGUGUACUUCUCUUCUAGCCAACACAUUUGUGUGUGUGUGUGGCUUUCUAAAGCAGAAAACAAUCCCAGGAACACCAGCUGUGCCUUCUCAUCUAGAGCCAACAAGCUUUUACAGUCAUUUUCAGGCUUGACCUUUGCAGAGUAACCAAAACGAACAUAUUAUUCUUGUAUUAUCCAUGUUGUUUGUUUUUCACGUAACUCGCCUGUAUUUAUGUUUGUGUAUCGCAUGGCAAAGACUGUUACAUCUGUGUGUUAUAAUCUGAAUGAAUAUGUCAUUUGAAUGCAAAUAUGGAGAAAACGAAGCUUUAAAUACAUUCCCUCACGACUGACUAAAAAUAACCUCCUAAAAGUUAAAACUCUAGAAGGUGUUGAAUAGGAUUGAUUCAGUUUAACUAAUAUUUUGAAAAAUAUAUAAAGUAUAGGAAUGUUUUAUUAGUUUAUCUAUUCUCUACAUGCCAUAAGAAAUACUUGUUCCACAUUUAUGACCAAACCUGCUCCAGGCCUUGGUUUUUAUUUUAUUUUAAUUUUUUGUUGUUCUGCUGUAGUACAUUAUUGCUUCUUAAUCAGCCAUAGAUGAGUGUUUAGUCCUUAUUACAGGCUUCCCGCUGUCAUAAAAUCCUGGAAAUAUCAGUGAAUUUUAAAAUUCUGUUUUCCAGGCUUGGAAAUGUGAAGGAAAUUAAUGAAAACUUAUUGUUACUAAAUAAGUCAUGGGGGAAAAGUCCUAUUUCUACAGUCAAUAUAUAUUUUCUAGUUACAUUUAGCUCUGAAGAACUUUGCUUUUUGUGAGUACAAUCUUUAUAAAAUGGCUUUUAUUAAUCCUAAUCUAGUUAUCAGACAAGACUGGAAAAGUCAGAGGUCGUAAAAAGUGUGGGGACCAUCACGUUUUUAGCACUGAUAUGUGGUUUGUCAUGGUGUGUAUGUUUUAUGUUUAUCAAUAUAAUAUCAGUAUAGCAUCAGUAUAUAUUCUUUAUUAACAUUUUAUCUUUUUAUGUGAUGCAUGUAAUGCAAGCUGAGUUUGAGCACAUGAUAUUAACCCAUCACUUCAGUUUUUCAGUACUGAAGACAUUCCCUCAUAAGUAUACUGCAUUAGGCAGCAUGUUCUAGUAGAAUAAGAAUAUGAACAGUAUGACAAUAUACGGAGGUAAUGAUGUUUUGAAAAUGAGAUGAACUACAUUUCUUCAUAACCGCUGCUCAAGCUUAACAGAAGCAAUAUUUCUAUAAUAUAUCUUUAUUUUAGCAUCACUCCACAAGUGAAAUGCAAAAAAAAAAAUGUAUCUGCACAAGGACCACACGUACAACCUCUUUGACGCUUUAAGUGCCCUUAAAUUUUUAUAGUCUAGUGUACAUACUAAUAUCUAAUCAGAGGAAAAAAAAAAAAAAAAAAGAGUUUUUACUCGCGUGGAAACCUUCCUUGUUUCUUCUGAAGUGUCCAUUAAAUGAAAGAUGUGAUGCUUUCUGCUGUAUUUAUUGAUUAUCCGUUGACUCCGAGUUUGGUGAUCAGUCAUAGUUUUGGAUAUUAUGUUCUGUCACAUUAUUUCCUUUUAUUUUAUGAUAUCAGACCGCUUAUUGAGGACCCACUGCAUUGUGCAUUGUCUUAACUAUGAAACUAUGUGAGUGCGGUCAAACGAUUAAUCGCGAUUAAUCACAUCCAAAAUAAAAGUUUUUGUUUACAUAAUAUAUGUGUGUGUACUGUGUAUAUUUGUAAGGUGUAUAUAUAAAUACGCACACAUGCAUGUAUAUAUUUUAGAAAAAUGUUAUGCUUAUAUAUUCAAUAUAUUUAUAUAUAAUAUAAAUUAUAUAAAUAUAUACAUGUAAGUAUUUUAAAAAUAUAUACUGUAUGUGUGUGUAUUUAUAUAUGCAUAAUAAAUAUACACAGUACACACACACACUAUGUAAGCAAAAACGUUUAUUUUGGAUGUGAUUAAUCGAUUAAUCGUUUAACAGCGCUAUUAAACGCACUUGCCCAGGUUUACAGAUUGCACAGGUGAGCUGUUUGGAGCUGUCCUUCGCUUGAUAUUUGACAUGACCAAUGCUUUAGACUCUGAAUGUACUUUAUAAACCCAUAGAUACAUGCCUCAGUUUCAUUAUUUGUUCAGCGUUUUUUAGUUAAUAGAUUGAUUUUGCUUUAUUUUGAAGAGAAAAGGUUUGAACCAAAGUUCACUUGCGGCAGCUUGCAGCACACAAUCAAAUGCUAAAAUGCUAAUUUGUUUGUACAUGUAUUAUAACUCUCAAAGCCUGUAACCUGAAGCUAUGCAUUAUGUCUUUAUGUAAAUGUCACAUAUAAAUAAAAACAUGUAAACUAA